ACUCGAAUUAUCUCCGCAACACUUUCCCCACUCGGCGAAGUCAAUCUCCAACCCCCGGACUCGUCACCCUCCUAUCUCGCAUGUAUCCACCCUCCGCCGUCCCCAAAUCGGAAUCAAUCCCGGCGAAACCCUAGAAAUCCUCCGCCAUGAAGGCCGCCAACCCGAAUCCCAGGCACAAGCCGAUGCCUCCGCCCGCCGUGCCAGCUGCUGCUGCGGCGGCGGCGCACAACCCGCAGGCCGCCUCCUCCAGGGCGUCCUCCUCAUCCUCGUCUGCUGCCGAUGCCAACCCCAACAGGCGCACUCACCCCGGCAACGCCGCCUCCACCGCCAGUGGCGCCGCAUCCGCGCCCCCGGACCCCGCCCCGAGCCUCAACGGGGAGGCCGGCCGAUCCCCUCUGCUCCCCGCGCCGCACCCUCCUCCUACCCUGGGCGCGUCGCCGCUGCUGCCGCCGCCGCCCCCCGUGCCCCUGCCCCCGUCGCGGCCGCUGCUCACCGUGGCGGCGGUGGAGGCCGUGAUGGACGCCAUCCCGCCGCCGCCGCGGUACGGGCUGGAGGACCUCGACCGCCGCACCGUCGCGCUCUCCGACGGCACUGUGCGCACCUACUUCGCGCUCCCGCUCGAGCCGCCGCCGCAGCUCCGCCAGCCGCCGCCGCCGAUACCGGCGCACCUCUUGGCCCCCCCGCCGCCGCCGCCGCCGGCCCUGCUGCGCCCGCCCCUCGAGCGGUGGGCUCCGCCGCCCAUGCCCAUGCCCGCGCUCUUGCCCACUGCUGGGCUGCUUCCCAUGCCGGUCCCGAAGCGGAAAUGGGAGGAUCAGGCCAAUGGUGGUGUGCCUGGGCAAUCCUCCGGACGCCAACAGCAGCAUAAGGCUGAUGCGCGUGCUGCGAAGCAGGUGAAGGUGGAGGAGACGGGGGUGGACCCCAAGGCGCUGAAGAGCUCCUUUCUUAAGAUGGUGAAGCUGAUGAAUGAGAGUGAAAUAGCUAAGAAGAAUUACCGGGCUGAUGGGAAGCUUUGCCAGCUGAAGUGCCCUGUCUGUCAAAGGGAUUCUAUAGAUUUGCAUGCGCUCCUCAAUCAUGCAUACCAUGCAAAGAAUGCGGAGCAUCGUGCAGAUCACCUAGGAUUUCACAAAGCAUUAUGUGUUCUUAUGGGUUGGAAUUACUCGGUAGCCCCUGUUCACAAAACCGCUUACCAAGCAUUAUCUACUGCUGAUGCUGAAGCCAAUCAAGGAGAUCUUAUCUUGUGGCCUCCAACAGUCAUUAUCGAGAACGCAUACAAGUCAACGAACGACGGACAAAAGGAUGUCAUGAGUAAUAAAGAUAUGGAGAGCAAGCUGAGAGAGAUGGGCUUUGCCGGUGUAGAUGUGCAGCCACUGCCUGGGAAGAACGGGCAGAGGUCCAUGCAUGCGAAGUUUCCAGCCAGCCUCGACGGUCUCAACAAGGCGUCACAGCUUGUUGAGUUAUUUGAGUGCCAAGGCCACGGGCGGGCAGCUUGGGCUCGCAUCCGGAGCAUCGCUGUUGAUGGGGCCAACCACCCCUUGGUGGUGAAGGUGGAUGGCAAGGGGGAGCGGACUUGGGUCCUCUAUGGCUACUUGGCCACGGCAUGGGACCUGGACAUGCUUGACCCCGAGUCGAAGCAGAAUGUGACUGUAAAGAGCAGAAAGGAGCUCGAUUUAGACUAGGAGGACCUAACACUGGUAGAGUUGUGUAUGUUACAGAUAAACUGUUAAUCCAUAGAGCGUAAUUCGAUGUUUUUUCGUGUUUUAUCUGACUAGGAUGCCCGGUUCAACUUUGAGAAAUUCUUUGUUGAGUAAUCAGCUUCGGUUGAUAUGGAAUGCAAAUAAUGGUUCUGUUCCAUGUAAAUUUUGAUCUUUGGGUUG